AUGGCAGAAAAAGAAGGGAGAAAAGAGGCAAAAUCUAUGUCUUUUUUUAAUUUACAGAAGAAUAUAACAACGAUUCCUCAAUAUAAUUCAUUGAAGGUUCAAAGCGGGAAUAUUAAAAGGACCAUUUCAGUUUUUGAACAAUUAUCAUGUCCAAAGCAAUUACCGGAUAAACAAGAUAUAUCUAAAAAUACGCGAAUUUUAGCACAAGUUCAGAAUAGUUCUUUAAUAAGUGGGAAUUGUUUUUCAAGUGUUUCUUUGGAAAAGAAAGAAAAUAUUAGAAUGAAAGUGGUAGAACCUUUGAAAGUGAUUGAACCUUUAAAUGAUGUUAAUCCUCAAUUAAGUCCAAGAAUAAUGAAAGGUGUUGCUAUUUCUGAAAGGAGGCCAUCUUCAUGGGCAUUUUCACCGUCAAAUGUGGGAGAGUUUAAUCUAGAUCAAGAAAAAACGCAUUCUAGAAAAUCAUUACUAGAUCCUGUUGAAAAAAUGGAGAACACGCAGGAAUUGUUUCUUUUCAACUCGAAAAGUAUUAAAGAGGAUCCUUUUCCAUUGGAAGAAACGAAAAAUAUAUCUAAAGAUCAUAAUAAGUCAUUAUAUGAAAAGUUUUUUGAACUUGAAAGUCAUGAAAAUACAUUUCAUAUGAAUGAUUCGUCAAGUAUUCUCUGUAAUUCAUUGGAUUCUUGCUCAUUGUUUGAAGCUAAUGAUUUAAAAAAUGAAUUGAUUUCUGCUAAAGAAAGAUCUGAUAUGGAAAAAGUAUUUAAUGAAAAAUAUUUGAAAUUAAUACAACAAAACAAUAAAUUAAGGAAUAGAAAUAGGCAUCAUGAAGAAAUUACAGAUACACUAAAUAAGGAAGUCCAAGAGAAAGGUCCUUUAAUAUCUAAAACUGAAGAUAAUAAAUACAUAGAACAAAUUAAUUCUCUGAGUCAUGAAGUAGAAAAAUUGGCUUCUGAAUUGAAUAAUUCAAGUGUAUACAAUGAAAAGUUAUUAGAACAAAUAAAUUUUUGCAAGUUAGAAAGUCAACUAUCUACAGAAAUUUUAAAAAGUGAAAUUGAAAAGUCUAAAGAUAUUAUAAAAAGUUUAGAAGAACAAUUAAAGAGUCAUGAUGUGAACCAAUUAAAUUUUCAUGAGCAUUUAGAAUCUGUCAAGUUAUACUAUAUAGAAAGAGAAAAAAUACUUCAAAAUAAACUUAUAUCUGCAGAGCAAGCUAUAGAUGCAGAAAAAAUUGAAACUGCUAAAAAUAUGGAAGAAAUACGAAAAAAAUUAGAAGAAUCAGAUUCGUUAAAAAAGAAUGUCGAGGAAGAGCUUUCUUUCGCAUUAACCGCAAAUAAUGAAUUAUUAAAAGAAAUAAGUUAUCUAAAGAACAAUUGUGAGAUUAAAGACAAUUAUGAAAAUAUUUUAAAAGACUCCGAAGGAAAAAACAAUGUCUUUUCUAAAGACUCUACAUAUAUUAAAGAAAUCAGUGAUCAACUUAAAAUAACUCAAGAUGAAUUACAAGAAGAAAGAAAAAAACUAGAAGACAAAACAAAACAAUGCGAUAUACUUUUUCUUGAAUUUUCUGAAUUGGAGAUGAAAUAUUUUAAUCUCCAGAAGAAAGUAUUAAUAAAAAAUGAACAGAUAACAAAGCAUAUUUUUAAAAUUAGGGAACAUGAACUAACAUUAGAAUCUUUACUUAAAGAACAUAAUUCACUUAUCAAAAAACUAAAUAUACAACAAAAUAUAUUAUGUAAAUAUACUGAUAUGAUAAAGGAAAAAGACAAUCUCAUAAAACAUUAUAAAGAGGAUUUCGAGAAAUUACAUUUUAUUUAUUUAGAAGAAAUUAAUCAUAUUCAUAAUAACUUUGAAAAUAGGAAAAUAUUAACGCAUUAA